UGCACUAGCUUCUUCCGACUUCUUCCCUGACAGGGCGGGUGGUUGUCUUGGUGACUGCUCCCUAACGGUCUGGUGACCCCGAGAUACUUGUAGAGGGUUUGCAGCACUGAAGACGCCUGUGGUCCCUCCAAGUGUCCGAGAAGAUUGAUCCAGAAUAAUAAAAUGUCUCGAAAAAUGCCCAAGGAGUCAAAAAAAGUAAACAUUUCUAGUUCUCUGGAGUCUGAAGAUAUUAGUUUGGAAACAACCAUUCAUACAGAUGACAUUUCCUCAUCAGAAGAGCGAGAGGGUAAAGUCAAAAUCACCAGGCAGUUAAUUGAAAGAAAAGAAAUGCUUCAUAAUAUUCAGCUACUGAAAAUCGAGCUAUCCCAAAAAAAUAUGAUGAUCGACAAUUUGAAAAUGGAUUAUCUUACAAAGAUUGAAGAGUUGGAGGAAAAACUUAAUGAUGCGCUUCACCAGAAGCAGCUGCUAACUUUGAGAUUAGACAAUCAGUUGACUAUUCAACAGAAGGAUGCCAAGAAAUAUCAAGAACUAAUGAAACAAGAAAUGGAAACCAUUUUAUUGAGACAAAAACAACUGGAAGAGACAAAUCAUCAGCUAAGAGAGAAAGCUGGAGAUGUCCGUCGAAACCUGCGCGACCUGGAGCUGACGGACGAGCAGUAUGUGAAGCUAAAAUCCUUUCCUGAAGACCAGCUUUCUAUCCCCGAGUAUGUGUCUAUUCGGUUCUAUGAGCUAGUCAAUCCAUUAAGAAAAGAAAUCUAUGAACUACAAGUGAAAAAGAAUGAACUGUCUGAAGAACUCAGCACAAACAAAGGCCAACUGAAGCAGCUGACAGAGACAUAUGAGGAAGAUCGAAGAAACAACUCGGAACUUCAAAUCCGAUGUCAGCGCCUGGCCUUGGAAUUGGCAGACACCAAACAGUUAGUUCAGCAAGGCGACUACCGUCAAGAGAACUAUGACAGAGUCAAGAGUGAACGCGAUGCUCUUGAACAGGAAGUACUCGAAGUUCGGAGAAAACAUGAAAUACUUGAAGCCUCUCACAUAGCUCAGGCUAAAGAAAGAAGUGAAUUAUCAAAAGAGGUAACCACCUUGCAACAGACAGUCACGCUCCUGCAGAAGGAUAAAGAGUACCUCAAUCGCCAAAACAUGGAGCUCAGCGUGCGCUGUGCGCACGAGGAGGAUCGCCUGGAGAGGCUGCAGGUGCAGCUGGAGGAGAGCAAGAAGGCCAGAGAAGACAUGUACGAGAGAUACGUGUCAUCCAGAGACCAUUAUAAAACAGAAUAUGAAAAUAAACUACAUGAUGAACUGGAACAAAUCAAAUUGAAAACUAAUCUGGAAAUUGAGCAGCUUCGAAAUGCCUCUAGGGAAAUGUAUGAACGAGAAAACAGAAAUCUUCGAGAAGCCAGGGAUAAUGCUCUCGCUGAAAAGAACCGAGCGGUGACAGCCGAAAAAGAUGCUCUAGAAAAGCAUGAGCAGCUCCUUGACAGGUACAGAGAGCUCCAGCUUAGUGCAGAAAGCAAAGUAUCUGAAUUUCUCCAUCAGAGUAAGCUGAAGUCCUUCGAAAGUGAACGUGUUCAACUCCUACAAGAGGAAACUGUAAGAAACCUCACACAGUGCCAGAUGGAAUGUGAAAAGUAUCAGAAGAAAUUGGAGGUUUUAACUAAAGAGUUUUAUAGUCUCCAAAGCUCUUCUGAAAAACGCAUUACUGAGCUCGAAGCACAGAACUCUGAUCAUCAGGCAAGGUUAGACAUUUACGAGAAACUGGAAAAGGAGCUGGACGACAUAAUAAUGCAGACAGCAGAAAUUGAAAAUGAAGAUGAGGCUGAGAGGAUUCUUUAUUCCUAUGGCUAUGGUGCUAAUGUUCCCACAACAGCUAAAAGACGACUAAAGCAAAGUGUCCACUUGGCAAGAAGAGUUCUUCAGUUAGAAAAACAAAAUUCAUUCAUUUUAAAAGAUCUGGAACAUCAAAAGGACCAAGUAAAACAGCUUUCCCAAGAGCUUGACAGAGCCAAUUCACUGCUAAAUCAGACACAGCAACCCUACAGAUACCUCAUAGAGUCUGUGCGGCAAAGGGAUUCCAAGAUUGAUUCACUGAUGAAGUGUACAGCUCAACUUGAGAAAGACAUCAGCAAUCUAAAUAAAGAAAAGUCAGCCCUGCUGCAGAUGAAGAAUCAAAUGGCACUGGAUCUGGAACAGCUUCUAAACCACCGAGAGGAGUUUGCAGCCAUGAAACAGAUCAUCAUUAAUAUGUGUAGUAAACAUUCUGAGAACAACUUACUUCUUACUAAAGUGGAAUCAAAAGGUGUGACAGAAAAUCAAGCAUCUAAGAUUCUGAACAUGCCAAGAGAACAUGAAGACAAUGUGUUUAUACCGAAGCCAACGCUAUUUGGUCUUCGGGAUCUGAGGAUGGCCUGAUAGAAGCAGAUAGUAGCAGAUAGAAGAUAGCCAUGGCUGUCUGUGUGCUGCGACUUCCAGUGUACCUGCUGCUGGGGAACAAACCCAGGACUCUGUGCAUGCCAGACAAGCUCUCUGCCGUCAGAGCUGCAUCCCCACCUCCUAAUACUAGUAUGACAGAUACGUGCCACCAAGCCCACCUUUCAAGGUAUUUUGUUUAAAAACUCUCAUUUUCCUUUUUUUGCUAUCCAAUAUACCUAAGUUCAGCCAUAUUAACUACUUUACAUGUAUAGUUUAGUAGUAUAAAAUAUAUACAAUCUUGUAAAAUCUCUAACUUGAUCCUUUAAAUAACUCCCUUUUCUUCCUCCUUGCCAUUCUACAUUCUGCUCCUGUAAAUUUCACCAAAUCAGAUCUAUCUUUCUGUGGCUGGUUUAUUUUACUCAGUGUACUGUCUCUAAAACAACUUAGCUUUAGCUAAGCAUGGUGGUCCAUGGCUGUUAUCCCAGCCCCUGGGAACCAGAAACAGAAGGAUUACCCAGAAGUUCGGGGGCAUCCUGAUCUACCCACUGAGCUCCAAGCCAAAGAAGACCACAUAGUGAGACUCUGCCUUCAUCUCAGAGGAUAUUGCAUUACUCGCUGGGGUCACUGUCGUGCAUAUCCCUGACCGGAGCACAGGAGGAAGAUGAUCUGGCUCGAGGUUUUGGAGGUUUUAACUGUGACCACUCUGCUGUUUCCCAGUAUGUGAAGCAGAGAAUCAUAGCAGUGGAGGCUCGUGGCUAAGGCUGCUGAUGACAGUCAGGGAGCAGAGCCCAAGGCAGGGACCAGAUACAUUGCAAAACAGGCUCUGGUGAUGGUGACUUCCUCCAGCCAAGCCCCACCUCCAAAGUUAACACUACCUCUCAUGUAGUGCCAUCACCAGGGGACUAAGUAGUCAACACAUGAUCCCUUGGUGAACAUUUCAUAGUCAAACCAUAACCGUCAUUUAGAACUAUACACAUUCUUUUUAAGGUAUCUGUUUAUGCCUAAGGUUUACCUUAUUCUAUACAUAGGGUUCUGGGCAGUGGUGGCACACGCCUUUAAUCCCAGCACUUAGGAGGCAGAGGCAGGUAGAUCUCUCCGUGAUUUUGAGGCCAGCCUGGUCCAUGAGUUCCAAGACAACCAGGACUAUUACACAGAGAACCCAUCUCAAACCAAAAACCAAAAACCUUCCUUCUAUACACAUGGUUCCUACCCAGGUGCCUCAUAGCUUAGUAAUGAGAAACUGUGUCUGCACUAGAGCGUGAUGCACUAGAUAGAAACAAGCAUAGAAUAUUGGGAGUGUCAGGUUUGUCUUCCCAACUCUUGCUGACAGUAGUGCAAGACAAAUUACUGAACUGGAAGGGAAGAAGAUGUGGAAUUUUAUGUUAAUUUAGGGCAAAAUUAGCAGAUACUGAUGGAGGAGAAUUGACAGCUAUAGGAAUAGAUUGGAGAUGAUGGGACCCCUCGCCAUGAAAAAGAAUAAGGAAGAACACAUGCCAGCCAAUUGAAAGUAGCUAAAGAGUCAUAAAGGAAGCUGGAAGGGCACUUAAUUGCUUGUUUGCUUGCUUGUUUGCUUGCUUGCUUGCUUGCUUGCUUGCUUGAUUGAUUGAUUGAUUGAUUGCUUUUUUUCUUUUAGACCAAAAAACAAUCAAACCCAAAAGACAAAAAAAGCAAACAAACUGGGUCUCUCUGUAGAUUUGGCCGACCUGGAACUCUGUAGAUCAUGCAAGCCUAACUCCCAGAAACUUGUUAUCAGAGGCUGCUAGUUUGUUCCCUGCCACCCAGACUCUAAAUAAUCACACAGAAGCUGUAUUAUUUUCAAUACUAUUUGGCCAAUAGCUUAAGCAUAUUUCUG